UGCCGGGCUCUUUCGAGCCAUACAAGUUCUACAUUAAACAUUUUUCAUACGCGCAUUUCGAGAUCGUCGUCGUUUAUUUCGGAUAAAACCCAUUUUUGCCGGAUUUCUUUUUUUUAAAGAACUUUUGUUAGAAAAAAAAAACUCGAGAACAGAUAACAGUUGACUGCACUACGUUGACCAUAUAGCCCAUCAGUGAAGAGUGAUCGUUCGGGAGUCGUCUGUCAUCGCCUGGCUCGCUCGAGUUCGAACAGCAACAACACAGACAAAACGAACACACAAACAUAGACGUUUAAAAAAAAAUAAAUAAAUAACACGUCAGGGGGGAGAGAAAAAAAAUUCACCACCCAAUCGGUCUCGACCCGCUUCAUCAAUUUCUCUUUUUUGUUUUCGUCCACUUUUCUUUUUUGUGUUGUUGUUGUUUGUUGUUGUUUGUUAUCGGUGUCUUUUUAUUUGCGCGCGCGCGCUUCAGUGGUGAGUGGCUUAACCUAGUCCGCUUCUUCUUUUUGGCUUCGUGAUUGAAGUGACUCAUUAUCGUUCAAGAAGUCGGAGGCAGUUGUUAACCAGUGGCUGAUUGCAGUCGAUCAAAAGCGCCCUCGAACAGUGCAGUGAUGUAAUUCGAUCGUCUUCAGUUUAUUUUUUUUCCUUACAGACACGAAGUUUCGCGAAGGGGAAAAAUAAAAGACAUCCAAACUGUUAUCAAUAACGUCAACCAACCGAAACAAAAAUAUUUAAAAAGGAAAUGAGGUCCGCUGUGUUUCUAGCUCUCCUGUCAUUCGUCGUUUGCUUCGUGUCGGUCAUCGCGGCCAUUCCCGUUGUGCCAUUUUCUUUCGCCGAUAUUCAUCAAGCUGAUUUGGUGAAACGUUUGAGCGACUACGAUGUGGUCGUCCCACGGAAAGUGUCAGAGCGAGGCCAACUACUGAGUCACCGGCUGACACACCAUUACGACGACGCGUCUCGACGACAGCGACGUCGCCGGCGCCAAGUGGACGACGCUGCUGACGACGUUCACUAUCGGCUGGAGCUGUCCGGCCGCGAGAAGCAACUCCAUUUGAAACCAAAUGAUCGACUUUUAGCGUCGUCCUUCGUCGUCGAGCGUCGCCAAGGACGGAAUGUGACCAAUCACCGUCUCAUGUCGGCCAGACAUAAACAAUGCCACUACAUCGGCCAAGUUAAAGGGCAUCCGGAGUCGACCGUAGCUGUCUCUACCUGCAAUGGAUUGACGGGUUAUGUUGCCAUCGGCGGGGAAGAGUACAUGAUCGAACCGAUCAAAGGACAUCCCAAUGCCAGCGCUGAUGAUGCGGACCACCGAUUUGGACAGCACCAACGAGAGCAUCCGCACUUAAUUUACAAGAGAUCGGCCCUGAACGCAGCAGACGAGAAAACGGACGACGACGACGGACACGGCACUUGCGGCAAUGACGAGUCCAUCGAAUUGGCAUUUCGCCAGCGUGAAAAGUGGCAGGAAAGCCAAGCGGAGCCGAAGGAAAGAGGUCACCACGCCAUCCGCAAGCGAUCCGUCAGCUUGGAGCGCAACGUCGAGACCCUGGUCGUUGCCGACCAGAAGAUGACCGAAUUCUACAGCAACGAAGACAUCGAGACCUACAUUCUCACCGUCAUGAACAUGGUUUCGGCGCUGUACCGCGACGCCAGCAUCGGCAACGCCAUCAAUAUCGUCAUGGUCCGUCUCAUGUUACUCGAGAACGAAUCGUUGGAGGAUGGCCUCGACAUCAGCCAUCACGCCGACAACACGCUCAAGAGCUUUUGCAAGUGGCAGGCAACCAUCAACCCCGAAACAGAUGAUCAUCCCAACCACCACGAUGUGGCCAUUCUUCUUACUAGGUACAACAUUUGCACUCGCGUCAACGAACCGUGCAGCACUUUGGGUCUGGCCGAAGUAGCCGGUAUGUGUCAAUCCUACCGGUCGUGCAGCGUCAAUGAGGACACGGGCUUGUCUUUGGCUUACACUGUGGCUCACGAACUUGGACACAACUUUGGAGCCAACCAUGAUGGACCCACCAAUGGCUGCGAGCCUUUGUCGGGUGAUCAACAUGUCAUGUCUCCUCAGCUCAGUUCGGACGCAGGGCCGAUCGUUUGGUCCAACUGCUCUCGCAAGGACAUCACCAGAUUCCUUGACCGAAACUGGGGAAGCUGUCUGGAAGAUCCCCCGUCCGAUCACGAGUUCCACUACCCGGAACUCCCGCCCGGAGCCAUGUACAACGUCGAUCACCAAUGCCGACUCCAAUACGGUCCUGAAGCCAUGCACUGCGCUGGAAUGGAUGAGGUAUGCCAGACGCUUUGGUGCAAGCUACCAGACAAUCGGUGUGUGACCAGACUAGAACCAGCUGCUCCCGGAACAUCGUGUGCUAAACACAAAUGGUGCAGCAACGGCCAGUGCGUCCAAAUGGGAGACAGACCACAGCUGAUUGACGGUGAAUGGGGUGAAUGGGGACCUUGGUCUGAUUGUACUCGUACAUGUGGAGCCGGUCUGGCUUCAUCGGCUAGACUGUGUGAUAAUCCAGCGCCGGCUCAUGGCGGCAAAUACUGCGUUGGCGAAAGACGGCGUUACCGCGUCUGCAAUUUGGAUCCUUGCCCGGCUGACGGACCCAGUUAUCGAGCCGUUCAGUGCUCCGCUUUCGACCAGACGCCUUACAAAGGAGAUAAUCAUACUUGGCUGCCGGUCCAGAUCAAAAGUGCUCCAUGCCAAUUGCACUGCAAACCCGAGGGCCAAUUCUUUUCGGUCAUGCUUUCGGACAGCGUCGUCGACGGCACGCCCUGCAAUCCCGGCACGCGCGAUAUGUGCAUCAACGGCGUUUGUCGGCGAGUCGCCUGUGACUGGGGUAUCGACUCGACGGCCCAGGAGGAUCGUUGCGGCGUCUGCCACGGAGACGGCACCCAGUGUAACACCAUCCGCGGCAACUACACAGAGCCCGAUGGAGUCGAUUACGUUGAGAUGGUCGUCAUACCCAAGGGAGCCCGCAACAUUCGUCUUGCGGAGGUCGAUGAAGCAGCCAACUAUAUCGCCAUCCAGUCGGUAGAGACCAACGAAUACUACCUCAACGGCCAAUGGACGGUCCAAUGGUCGGGCGAAUAUCGAGCUGGAUUUACGCUCAUUUAUUACCGACGGGAAGGCGAGCUGGAAGAGGUCCAUAUACCCGGACCAUCGCUGGAAGACCUGCGAUUCUUGGUGACUCUUUUCCGAGCCACCAACGCCGGAGUGAGUUACGAGUACACGGUUGCUAACGAGAACAUUACACGGACGCCCGAAUUCCGUUGGGAGUACAUGGACUGGUCUGUCUGUACCGCCACCUGCGGCGGUGGAACACAGGUGUCUCAACCGAAAUGCAUGGAGAAGGAAGCCGGUCUGGUCGAGGAGACCUACUGCGCCGCGCUGGAAAAGCCCGAAGAGAAAUCGCGGGCCUGCAACAAACAGUCCUGUCCGCCUAGGUGGUGGGUGGGUCCUUGGCAACAUUGUUCAAUUACAUGCGGCAAAGGACGUGGGUUGAGAAGGCGUACUGUCAUUUGUGUUCGUUCUCUUUCCGACGACGAGCAAAUGGCUUUGCAUGACGCUGAUUGCCCCAUUACUGAUAGGCCGACUGAGGAAGAUGUUUGUGAACCUUUAGCACCGUGCCCAGGUGAAGCGAGCUGGGAGACGGGCAUUUGGUCCAAGUGCAACGAAGAUCCCUGCGACGUGCAGAGAAGGGAAGUACGUUGCAGCGUAGUAGGUGGAGCUUGCAUACCGGCUCUGAAGCCAGCGGAAGAACGCCAAUGCGGUAAUAUUGUUUGCGGAAAUUGGACAGUUGGAACCUGGUCUGAGUGUUCGUCCUCUUGCGGCGAUGGGGUUCAAUUCCGGCGAGUGUCUUGCGAUGGCGGUUUGAAAUGCCGCGAUCAACUCGAGCCGGAAUCUAUUCAGAAAUGUCGCGGACUCUGCCUUAACGCCGAAAUGAACGGCGACAUCUUUAACAGCACAGAUGUUAACACGACCAGCAAUCCACAGACCGCAAGCCCCCAUCUGAUUGAACCAGAAUUUAAUAAUGAAAUACUGAACCUUCUCAUCCCUUCGGCUGUACCGAGUACCGUUGGGGCCAACAAUGACCGCCGGCCAGAUUUCUACGUCGAAGAUAAGGUCCUGCCAGAGAACCUGAAAAUAAUGGAGAUGCAGGUCGUCACGGCUAAUCCCCUGGCGUCGGCAAGGCCAGAACUAGACACCAAUGAUGUCGAACUAGCCGAUGAAGCCUAUCUGGGCCAUAGCUACAGGAAAAUGUCGAUACACAUAGGCGAUGAUGCUGCUCUGUUCUUAGCCAAAAUUCAGAUGCAAUCGGAUCAGCCCAACGAUUCAAAAAGUUCAAUUGACGUGUCCAAAAUUAAACCGACGUUCAAGUGGAAAAUUGGACUGUGGACUAGGUGUUCCGUGCGAUGCGAUGGUGGAACCCGAGUACGCGAUGUCAGUUGCUACGAGACGACUACGUCGACAUUAGUAGACGACGCACUAUGUACUGACUUCAAACCUGACGAUGUUGAAUCUUGCAAUGAGAAUCCUUGCAUGGAGUGGGUCCUGACUCCGUGGACGCCCUGUUCUUCUACGUGCGGAUCGGGAGUAAAAAAGCGAGACGUUAGAUGCCCAGAGCAAGACAUGUGUAAUCCGGAUUCGAGGCCAAACGAAUCGAUGAAUUGCACGGAACGACCUUGUAUAGAUUGGGUCCCAGGGCCGUGGAGUAUUUGCAGUGCCACGUGUGGGGGAGGUCACCAGUUCCGUGCGGCCCAAUGCAUGGAUCGACGCACUUCGUCACCGACUGAAGGUUGCGAUGCACUCGAAAAGCCACGACAGAGGCAGCGAUGCGCCAAUGAUCCUUGCUCACGCUCUCACCAUAGUCAGCACAGUAUACAGAAUGAAGUUAAAGAGCGACAACGAGCUUGUCAAGACAAGUUGGACUCGAAGCUGUGCGCUUCGUUGAAACACAUGUGCGGGAUUUACUACUUCAAAGUCAGCAAAUGUUGCCGUACCUGCCGGAAGUACACCAGCACACAGCAGUCUCAUUAACGGACAGCUAACACAAUUCCAAGGUUGUCAUUCUUAACUUGUGACACCUCGUCCCGUUCUGUUGCAUAGAACGGUCUAUCAUUGACGCCUCAUCAGUCACUACAUCUCCAUGGAAAUAUAAUCAAAUUCUUUUGAGCUGCUUGAUUACAAGUUUAUUUACAUUUGCUUAUAAGCCGUCGUGGAUCGUUUGCUGUUAUUCUUCCCGUCUCAGAUGAUAAUGCUUCUGAUUUAUUCAUUCAUUCUGUUCUUGCGUUCAGUUUCUUUUUAUCUUUUUCUAACAAAAUAUAUCAUUUCUACUGCAA